GAGUUUCCAAAGCAUCUUCGGACUGACAUGCGCGUUCAGCUCGAAGCGACCCAGCACACGGAGUCUUGCCGGACUUCUAUACGAGCCGGAUUCAGACACUACUAGAAACGAAAACACCUCCUAUCUGAGUCUGACUCGAACAGAGGCUGCACGUAUGCUACUAGGGAACGGAUAACUUUGGCCCUUUAUAUACAGAUACAUAGAUCCGCCCUUGUAAUCGUCACAGCCGGGAGUCCCCCAAAUUUUGAUUGAACUCUCGUUUCGCCACCCAAGAAAUUGCCGAUUUUGUUGGGAAGGUUGCAUUGUCGCUUGUUCGUUGCUAAUCGCCGAAAUAAACCUGCGGUAGCGGAGGCAUGGCUAAUCUCCGACAUACAAGGAAGGAGGAGAUGAUCGGCAAGAGGAGGGAGAGGGCGUCCUCGUCCUCAAGAAGGACGUGUUGGACUGUCCCGUCUGCUCCAACCCCCUCAGCCCUCCCAUCUUCCAGGUAAUCAUAUUGAUUUUCUUGUAUGUAUAUAUUAGUCUCGUAUACUUUCAUUAUUCAUGUGUUGACGACGUUAAUUCUGAACCAUGUCCGGUUGAUUCUCUGCAUGCACGCAUGCAGUGCAAACUAGGGCACUUGGUCUGCUCGCCCUGCCGCGACAAGCUCCCGGGGAAGAAGAAGAAGGCCUGCAGCGUGUGCUCUAAGGCCGUCUCCAGACGAUGCCAUGCCAUGGAGCGCGUCGUCGAAUCCAUCGUCGUGCCGUGCUCCAACGCCGCGCACGGGUGCACCGCCAUGAUGGCCAGCGGCGAGAAGGCGGAGCGCGAGGAGGCUGUUGGGUGUCUAGCCCUAGCCCUCCCUCUCACCGGAACUCUCUCUCUCUCUAUACUCUCUCUAGAACGAUCAGAGAAAGAAGAAAGGAGAGAGACACAAGACACGAUGGUUCCGGCGCACGAACGCCUGCCGCACGAACGGCGUCUUCCUCGAGCACGAACUCGAGCCCCACACAAACAACAGUACGCGGGGUGGAGCUUUAUACACGGGCGCGCCCACACGACGCCGCGCUCCCCACUCCUCCACGCCCGCACGCUCCGCACGCCUUGGCUCACGCACCCGUCGCGCACCAACGCGAUCAACGCGGCCGGGCUCCAGCAGAACGCCGCGGUCACCCCCGCCACUAUCGCCAACUACCCACGCAACAGCGCGAGCCGACGCCCACUGCCGCUGCAGCAGCCCGCAGUCCCGUGCACCGUCGCGCCGCGUUUCCGUGCCCCCACGGUUGUCGCGCCGAGCCGCCGCGACUUCUGCGCCACCACACAGCUCCUCCGCGACCUCCUCGUCUCCGCGACUGCCGUGCUCUUCGCGUGCACGACAUCAGUCCGCACCGCCGUGGAGUCGCCGCGCGUCGCGGUCGCCACGCGCUCGCCGCGCGCUGCAACCUCCAUGCCCGACGCGCUCGCCGCGCGCGCCACCGCGCGCCACGGCCGCAAACCUGUAGCUCUGAUGCUAAGUGUUGGGUGUCUAGCCCUAGCCCUCCCUCUCACCGGAAUUCUCUCUCUGUACUCUCGCUAG